GAAAGGUCCCUCGUUGUUCAAUCCAAGACUCAAUAUUUGUCAAUCUCAGCAUACAAGCAGCCUCUCGGUCGCUACAGUCUGUGCCUAAAACCUCCCAUCCCCGACACACUGUUGUCCAUGUCCCGCGCCACAGAUGCGGUGACUUCACUCACAUUCGCCUUUGGGACAUGCGCAGAUGCCUCUGCCGAUUGCAAUCGAGACCACUUCUGACCCCUCAGAACUGCGGACGACUCGUCGAGCUUGGAUUUACAUCUCGAAGGCAUCCUUGCCUCGACCUCCAACAUGCCUUUUCAACCCUCCAUUCUCGCAAGCUGCGCCCAGCUGCGGCACAAGCCGGUUCCCCUUCAGGUGCCGUCAGACCUCAGAGCACUCCGCGGCAACUUCCAACAUCGUCGCCGUUAAAAAAGUCCAAGUCCGAACGUUCAACGUCCAAAGCUAAACCACUGGAAUCUAAAAUUAAAGCUUCAGAAUCUAAAACCAAGGCCUCAGUAGAUGCACAAAGCGACAUUCAGACUUGGGUCUCACGUCUUGACAAAUAUCUACCCAAAGCCCUGAGAUUGGUCGACCAGGAAGAACCGACUCUGAUCUUCAAAAGCGAAGACACGGCCAAAGAAAUCCUGGUUUUGCUUACGCUUUGUUACCGCAAGACUAAUGUCGACCUUCUCGCCUACCUGGUCCUUUCCCAAGGCCGGCAUGAGGCUGUUCUCCACCUCGCCGAUUUCCUUCUCACGUCUUCUUCCUCCACCUUCGCAUUAGAAUCCGACGAACUACCAUCCAACCUCCAGUGGUCGACACCAUUCCGAGACAAUUCGAUUCCGCUCAUCGACUUUGACGAAACCUCCUUUCACCCUGGAAGGUCAUCUCCAUGGCCGAGUCCUUUCCAAGAGUCGGCCGAUGCCCGAGGGAAAGAAAAGUCUAUGCAGGCAAUUCUCUUCACCCUGGCUAAGCUCACCCUUACUGCUUCGAAACAGAACGAGAAGGCAAACGACGCUACAAUGAGGACCGUGCAGCGCAUUAUUGCCCGAAUGCAUAACCUUGACCUUAUUCCCUCCGAGGUUUACGAUUACUCAUUACCUUGUGGCCCAACCACGAUCCAGCGCCCGCCGAUCAUGCACCUGCUGUCUUCAAGAAUCCUGACGUCCAUUUCCGAUGCUGUCUGGAACUCACAGCAAGAUGAAGCCAUCGCCCAAGCUUUGAGUUCUGGCCAAAGCAGGUUCCAAGUCGGCCGAAGUGUACCAGGUGGACCCGUACGUCCCAGGGUCAGCAAGCUCCGCCCCGAAGCGUGGCUCGAGUUUCUCCUCUGGUGCUGUGUUGACGGUGGCUAUACCUCGACUGGUGCACGUAUCAUCAAUCUCCUCCAGCAGGAGCGUGGAGAUCCCUGGUUUCCUGUGCAUUGGUGUUCAGAUGAGCCCCUUGACGGGACAGCUCCCAAAGUCAACUGGGCCAAAGCCAAGCAUCGGUUUGGAGGCCCAGUUGGUCGACUUGAGGGGUACAGUAACGAUAAGCCACUCGCUGAGAUCCCUCCCCGUACCAUCAGCACCGAGGUCGUCGUGGCCCUCGUGGAGUCAUUCUUCAGCAGCUUGAACGUCGGCAUCAAGGGCAGCGGAUUGUCGACGAACAAGGUGCAGCAAGGCCUCUUGGAUGUGAUCAAAUUCCUCGAGCCACACUACCUUGGGUCGGGGUAUUUUGACUAUCUCACAAUUCGUUUCCUGCAAAGUGGGUGCAUUUCCAUUGCCAAUCAGCCCGACGUUCUCAGUGAAUGGACUUCAGCCAUGUCGCAAAUGCGCUUGAUGAAGACGGUGCGACCACGGCCCACACUCCAGGUGAAUUUCGAACUUGAUACAGUCAUGACUCAUUCGGAGCUACAAGUCGGGAUUUUGCAGCAAGUCCUGCAGGGCCAGAUCGACCGGCACAAUACCGUUCAGGCGGUCGAGACUUUUGCCCAGAUUCAGCAGCACGUUGAUUUGAGCAAGUUAGAGUCCAUGGACAGAUUCUUGACAGGAGACCAAGUUGCACCAACCACAAUGCGGCCACGGAGUCAGAUUUCCGACGCUCGACAAGACUAUGUGGCUUCCCACGGUCAGCUGCCACUUUACAGAUUGGCUGGAUUUCUUAACUUGGUUACGGAUGCAAGGCUCUUUGGGUUAGGAGAUUGGCUCAGAAACUCCCGGGACAUUGACGGACCGUUGAUCCCCGUACAAGAUUUUCCGCACUUGUCGAUGAUCGUGGCCCUGAUCAAGUACGCUGAUAAAACGAAAGAUGCUCCAUUGAUUCGAUCAGUCAUCUCGACCCGUGAGAAGUGGAGACUGAAACCCUCAGUCAACACGUUGCGGGCUCUCGUCAAUGCCAUGGUGUCCAUUUCAGACUGGCAUGCUGCCGACAAAACUCUGCAGACUUUGAAAGAUGCGCAGGGAGGAGGGUAUGGCCUCAGAAAUAUCACCCGAAUCGCCGCAAAAGUUCGAUUUGCCGAGGCCCAAGUUGAGCAAGGAAGAGAGGUCGAGCUCCAUCAACGGGAAGUCGAGAAUGGCUUUCGAAUGCUGUUUGAUAUCCUCAGCGGUAAAUACGACGGCGGCCAUGCAGAUCUUCGAAUACAGAUAAGGCGCGAAUUCUGCCAACAGAUUGGGUUCAUUUUGAGGAUAUUCGAGAAUACUCGUUCUGGGAUGCUCCAGGAGCUUGCACGAACGUUUAUGAGUAUGUAUCCAUCAAGCAACCAGCCCAGACUUGCGCCGGGGCUAUUCAACGACCUGCUCAGCAUGGUGGUUGAAACCGACGGAGCUGCAGAAGGUCGUCGGUUGUUUCUCUUGUUCUGUGGAGAUCCCAUGAGCUAUGCCUCCCAUGAAGGAGAACUUCAAGUCAUUGACGACCUUGUCAUUCCAAUAGACAGCAGUGGGAAAGACGAUAGUGAUCAUGACAGUGAUCUGCCACAACCACAAUCUACCAAGGGCCCCGAAAUUUGGCAGCGUAUCGAGGCGAUCCCUUUCGAGAAGGAAAACUCGGGUUACAUUGUGACGAAUACGUCCAGCUCGCCCACCAAGCAAAGCUUCAACCCGAUCGUGAUUCCCAACCUACAAACAUUGCACAUCAUCGUUCGGCGGACGCUGCUGGAAAAGGCCGAACUACGAGGGGCCAUGCAAGACCGGGAAGGUGAACUGUACCAUAUCCUGCGGUGGGCUGAACAUCAUUACAAGGCAUUUGGUGUUUCCAGACAAGACAUUGAAGCCGAAACGCAACUGCCGCCUAGUCUGCAGAACACGAAAUUGUCUCUGGCGCAAUUGAGGAGAAUGUACUCGAGCGACCGGAAGCAACUGAACAUUUCGGAGAGAGGAAGAGUGUCGAUUAGUGGACAAUUUCUCUCAAACCGGGGAACGACUCGCAUGCCUCGCUUGCCUCACUUUGGCGACCAGUCGAUCAGGCUAAUUCCUCGAAAGCAUCCUUGGGGUGAAAAGGAUAAGAUCUCAUUCGAAAAGGAUAUGGCUUCGUCCGAAAAUGAUAAGACUCCACCUGAAAAGGAUAAGACGUCGUAGGGAGGAGCAGUUGAAUGGAGCACUAUACGUGUCAAGAUACGAUCGAGCAUAGACUUUGAGUAUUAGCAUUGGCGUUUGGUCUGGCUGUAAGAAUGGUUAUCCGAUUCGGACAGGUCCUGGAGCAGACAGGGCCGCACGUUGUAACAAUAUUGCCACAUGUUCUACUCUAGAUCUACAUAAGGCUUCGUGCAGAUUUGAGAUGUGGUGUGCCUUGCGGAAUUUUGCAG